CUUUUUGUUUUAAGCUUUACCGAUUAUUUUUGCACAUGUGUUUUCAGUGUGACCGCAGACAAGUGAAAAUACUAAGAACACAAACAGCUGGAAUAUAUGAUUAGGUGGCAGCACCGCCACGCCGGUUUCGACCAAUCAACGGCAACCACGACGCACACACACAAUCAUAGAUAGUUUUUUGAUAAUUUUUGCCAGCCGUGUUAUUUUGACGAGCUGAAAUUCACUCAUAAGACCAGCAAAUGAUGUUCAAUUGAAUAAAACCACACACAGCGAAGACUAACCACGUAGCCUAAUUAACACACACACAGAAUGCAGCUAAUCAAGGGCCUGCUACUCGUGCAGCUGGCGCUCCUCCUGAUAGACGAGGCGCUGGCGGGGCGAGACUUCUACAAGAUUCUCAAUGUGAAGCGAAAUGCCAACACAAAUGAAAUAAAGAAGGCGUACAGGCGUCUGGCCAAAGAGCUGCAUCCGGACAAAAACAAAGAUGAUCCGGAUGCGUCCACCAAAUUUCAGGAUCUUGGCGCAGCCUACGAGGUGCUCUCGAAUGCGGACAAACGGAAGACCUACGAUCGCUGCGGCGAGGAGUGCCUGAAGAAGGAGGGCAUGAUGGACCAUGGCGGCGAUCCAUUCUCCAGUUUCUUUGGCGAUUUUGGCUUUCAUUUUGGCAACGGUGAUCCGCACCAGCAUGAUACGCCCCGCGGCGCCGACAUUGUGAUGAACUUGUAUGUCUCCCUCGAGGAACUCUACUCGGGCAACUUUGUGGAGAUUGUGCGCAACAAGCCAGUGAUGAAGCCCGCCUCCGGCACGCGCAAAUGCAAUUGCCGGCAGGAGAUGGUCACCCGCAAUUUGGGUCCCGGACGCUUCCAAAUGAUACAGCAAACCGUUUGCGAUGAGUGCCCCAACGUGAAGCUGGUCAACGAGGAGCGCACCUUAGAGAUUGAGGUGGAACAGGGCAUGGUCGAUGGCCAGGAGACACGCUUCGUAGCCGAGGGUGAGCCCCAUAUUGACGGCGAGCCCGGCGAUCUCAUUGUCCGUGUGCAGCAGAUGCCACACGCGCGUUUCCUGCGCAAGGCCGACGAUUUGUACACGAACGUGACCAUUAGCCUGCAGGAUGCACUCAUUGGUUUUACAAUGGAGAUUAAGCAUCUGGACGGGCACAGUGUGGGCGUGACGCGCGAGAAAAUCACCUGGCCAGGCGCACGCAUACGCAAGAAGGGCGAGGGCAUGCCCAACUUUGAGAACAACAAUCUGACGGGCAAUCUUUACAUAACAUUCGAUGUGGAGUUCCCCAAGCAAGACUUGACCGAGGAAGACAAAGAAGCGCUCAAGAAAAUACUCCAACAGUCGUCCAUAAAUCGGAUCUACAAUGGAUUGUGAAUCGUUCGGACUUGAACCAGGGCUAUACUUUAAGUAGUAUUUAUUGUAGGUGUCGAAGACUUUUGUUGCCAGUAGAAGUUGUGUGCAAAACCUUAA